UUCACUUUCAACCAGGAAAACCACUGCACAGGUCAGACCUGCUCAUCCAAGCAUGGCGACACCUCUCACCGACCAGGAGAAGCGCAAGCAGAUCAGCAUCAGGGGAAUUGUGGGAGUGGAGAAUGUUGCAGAGCUGAAGAAGGGCUUCAACCGUCACCUGCACUUCACCCUGGUGAAAGACAGGAACAUUGCAACUCCCAGGGAUUAUUACUUUGCCCUGGCUCACACUGUGAGAGAUCACCUGGUGGGGAGAUGGAUCAGGACACAGCAGUUUUACUAUGAAGCAGACCCAAAGAGGGUGUAUUAUCUGUCCCUGGAGUUCUACAUGGGCAGGACGCUCCAAAACACCAUGAUCAACUUGGGGCUGCAGAACGCCUGCGAUGAAGCCAUCUACCAGCUGGGCCUGGACAUGGAGGAGCUGGAGGAGAUGGAGGAGGAUGCAGGUCUGGGGAACGGAGGCCUGGGGAGACUGGCAGCAUGUUUCCUGGAUUCGAUGGCCACCUUGGGUCUUGCAGCGUAUGGUUAUGGCAUUCGAUACGAAUAUGGAAUCUUUAACCAGAAGAUAAGAGACGGCUGGCAGGUGGAGGAGGCAGAUGAUUGGCUGAGGCAUGGAAACCCCUGGGAGAAAGCCCGUCCAGAGUACAUGCUGCCAGUUCACUUCUACGGACGAGUAGAGGAGACGAGAGAUGGCUCCAAAUGGGUCGACACUCAGGUUGUUUUGGCUAUGCCCUACGACACGCCCAUCCCCGGCUACAUGAACAACACUGUAAACACCAUGAGGCUGUGGUCUGCUCGUGCCCCCAACGACUUUAACUUGAGAGACUUUAAUGUUGGAGAUUACAUCCAGGCUGUUCUGGACAGAAAUCUGGCCGAGAACAUCUCCCGUGUCCUCUACCCCAAUGACAAUUUCUUUGAAGGAAAAGAACUUCGUCUGAAGCAGGAGUACUUUGUUGUGGCGGCCACACUCCAAGACAUCAUCCGCCGCUUCAAGACCACUAAGAAGGGCUGCCCUGGCCGAACCUCCUUCAAGAGCUUCCCAGACAAAGUCGCCAUCCAGUUGAAUGACACUCAUCCGGCCAUGGCCAUCCCCGAGCUGAUGAGGAUCUUUGUGGACAUUGAGAAACUCGACUGGGACACGGCCUGGGACCUCACCAGGCGCACUUUCGCCUACACCAACCACACAGUCCUCCCCGAGGCUCUGGAGCGCUGGCCUGUGGAGCUGCUGGAGACUCUCCUGCCCAGACACCUGCAGAUCAUCUACCAGAUCAACCAGGCCCACCUCGACAAAAUCGCAGCUCUCUUCCCAAAGGACAUGGACAAACUGAGGAAGAUGUCUCUGAUUGAGGAAGACGGGGGCAAGAGGGUGAACAUGGCUCACCUGUGCAUCGUGGGAUCUCACGCUGUCAACGGGGUCGCUGAGAUACACUCCAGAAUCAUCAAGAAUGAAGUAUUCCGUGAUUUCAGUGACCUAGAAUCAAGCAAGUUUCAGAACAAAACCAACGGCAUCACUCCCAGACGCUGGCUGCUGCUCUGCAACCCUGGACUGGCUGAGCUCAUCGCCGAGGUCAUUGGGGAGGAUUAUGUGAAGGACCUCAGCCAGCUGCAGAAGCUGAAUGACUUUGUUGAUGACGCUGCCCUCAUCCGUGACAUCUCUAAAGUCAAACAGGACAACAAGGUGAAAUUCGCCCAGUACCUGGAGAAAGAGUACAGAGUGAAAAUCAACCCGUCCUCCAUGUUUGAUGUCCACGUGAAGAGAAUCCAUGAGUACAAGCGCCAGCUCCUCAACUGCCUGCACAUCAUCACCAUGUACAACCGCAUCAGAAUGAGACCCAAUGCACCUUUUGUACCACGAACAGUGAUCAUCGGAGGAAAGGCUGCUCCUGGGUAUCACAUGGCGAAGCUGAUCAUCAGGCUGAUCACUGCUGUGGCUGAUGUGGUGAAUAACGACCCUGUGAUUGGAAGCAAGCUGAAGGUCAUCUUCCUGGAGAACUACAGGGUCUCUCUAGCAGAGAAAGUGAUCCCUGCCACAGAUCUGUCCGAGCAGAUCUCCACCGCCGGCACUGAAGCCUCAGGAACAGGAAACAUGAAGUUCAUGUUGAACGGAGCUCUGACCAUCGGCACCAUGGACGGAGCCAACGUGGAGAUGGCCGAGGAGGCUGGAGAGGACAACCUGUUCAUCUUCGGCAUGAGGGUGGAGGACGUGGCUGAAAUGGACAAAAAGGGAUACGAUGCCAUGUCGUACUACACGAAGAUCCCAGAGCUGAAACAAGUGAUGGACCAGAUCACCAGUGGAUUCUUCAGUCCUAAAAAUCCAGAUCUUUUCAAAGACCUCACUGAAAUGCUCUUUAAAUAUGAUCGUUUCAAAGUGUUUGCAGACUUUGAGGACUACACGAAAUGCCAAGAGAAAGUCAGCAAGCUCUACCAGAACCCAAAGGAGUGGACAAAGAAGGUGAUUAGGAACAUCGCUGCCACAGGAAAGUUCUCCAGCGACAGAACCAUCACAGAAUACGCCACUGAGGUGUGGGGCGUCAAGCCGACUGACCUGAAGAUCCCUCCUCCAAGUGAGCCAAGGGAGGCCAUCGAAGAAACAGUCAGAGCUCUGAAGAAAAUAUGAGGCUGUUUCACAACCGAGGGGCUGCCUUUAUGUUUACAGAUCAUUUACUGUUUCCUUUCCUUGCGCUCUUAACCUUCAAGUCUGAACUUUUUCAAGAACUGUGGGUGUCUCAAAAAUGACAUCUGCACGUUUUCAUUUAACACUUUUUAUUGUCAAACUACCUGAGUCAAAGAAUUCGCAUCACAGAAUUGUCUGUUAUAGACCUUUAGCAUCAACAAACACAUUCAACCAAGUGUCAGUGCAGAGACCACAUUUAUUGUUAUUUGUGAAUUCAAAUGGCCCCCCGGACAGGACAAUGCACCAUGCCACACCACAAAAACUGCUCAGGAAUGAUCUGAGAAAUGGAAAAAGAGCUUUUUUGAGUCCUGUGAGUUGUGAGGUGGGGUACAAGUACAUACCACAGAUGUUUGAUCAGAUUGGGAUACAGGGAAUCUGGAGGCCAGGUUGACACCUUGAGCUCUUUGUCACAUUCCUCAAGUCAUUGCUGAGCAGUUUUCAUGGUGUGGCAUCACACUGUCAUGCUGGGGGGGGCGGGCACUGCUACUUGGGAGUGCUGCUGCCAUAAGGGGGGGGUACCUGGUCUGCACUGGUGUUUUGGUGGGUGGAGUGCAUCAGGUGGAAACCACAUGAGUCAGAACUCAACAACAGAACAUUGCAUUGUAACAAGAUGAUCAGUGUUCACGUCACCUGUCAGUGGUUUUAAUGUUUUGGCUGAUCGGUGUAUACUUUACUACUUUUAUUAUGGACCCUACCUUACAACAUCAGUUCCCCUCUCUGAUCAUCAAUAAAUUAAACUGUCAAACACCUUGAUUGUAACACAGUGAUAUUCAGGCCUCACUAAUUGUUUUUGAACACAUAAAUUCCUCUCAAAUCAUGUAAACUGUCUCAUUUGAAACAACUUCUGGAUACUAUUAGGUACUAUUUGAUUUUUGCUCUGUUCAUGAUUUGAACUGUUUUUGAAGUCGACCAGAUCUUUGAAUUUUAGUGCUUUAAAUUUGAUAAAGAGUGGGUUUAUUGGUUCUCUGUAAGUGCUUUUGUUUACAGUUCUUAUUGCUCUUUUUGUUUAGAAUGAAGAUUGGAUUUGUGUUUGAUUUCUAUGUAUUUCUGGCCACUUCCAAACACUAAGUUAUAUAUGGGACUAAAACCCUGAUUCCAAAAACGUUGGGGCACUGUGUAAAACGUUAUUAAAAACAGAAUGCAAAGAUUUGCAAAUCUUUUUUGACCUGUAUUUGACUGAUUAGAUACAAGAUAUUUGAUGUUCAAACUGAUAACAAUCACUGUUUUAUGUAGAUAUAAGCUCAUUCUGAAUUUGAUUUCUGAAACAUGUUCCAAACAUGUUGAGACAGGCGAAACAAAAGACUGAAAGUUGUACAAUGCUCAAAAAACACCUGUUAACACAUUCCACGGGUAAACCACCUGUAGUCCAGACUGGUCUACCAUUGGAAAUGUGUGGCGCAUUAUGAGGCGCAAAAUACAUCAGCAGAGACCCAGGUAUGUUUAGCAGCUGAAGUCGCAUAUCAAGCAAGAAUGUGACAGAAAUUCUCUUUUAAAAACUUCAACAAUUAGUGUCUUCAGUUCCCAAACACUUACCGAGUGUUGUUAAAAGAAAAGGUGUUGUAACACAGUGAUAAACAUGCCCCUAUCCCAACUUUUUUGGCAUCAAAUUCAGAAUGAGUGUAUAUGAGUGUCUUUGGACUGUAUUCAAUUAAAAAAUAGGUCAAAAAGAUUUGCAAGGCAUUACAUUCUGUUUUUAUUUCAGUAUUACACAGCAUCCCAGCUUUUGGGGAAUUGGGGUUGUAUAAAGAAACAGAAGAUUACGUUUAAUUUAGAAGAUCUUUGACUUUAUAUAAUAGUAGUUUAUUAGUUAUUAUAAUAGUUUAUUGUCUAUUAGAGUUAAAAAAAAAUUUUUUGGACACUCUUUUGGUUUUUACUUCAUUUAUCAUAAGGUUCUUGUUUUUGUUAGUUAAAUGAUUCCCAAAUAUUAUAAAUUUCAUUUUAUUUAAAUUCAGUGUUAGCAUAUUAGUUUGUUAGAAUUAAAACAGCUCUUUGGCAUUUUCCUUUAUUUCCCUGCUGUAUCCAAAUGUUGUUCCAAGUCCUUACCACAACAAAAUAAAUCAGUAUCAUCUGCAAAUAAUGUUGUUUUCAGUAUCUUGGAGACCUCACAUAUAUCAAUUAUAUCAUUUAAGAUAAACAACAAUGGUCCCAAUAUAGAGCCCUGGGGAACUCAGGUUAUUUAUUUGGAUAUACUGGUCCCUAUUGUCCAGGUAGUGCUAACCCUCUCAUGCUUAUCUCAUUUGUUUUUAAUGUAUUUAAUAAUAAUUCAUGGUCAACAUUGUCAAAUGCUUUUUUUCUUUCUAGAAAUUCUCCUAUUGCAUAUUCUUUCUUUUAUACUGCAUUUGUUAUUUCCUCCACAAAAUCCAUUAGUGCAAAUGAGACUGUCCUCUUAGCUCUUAACCCAUGUUGCUGUUCACACAGUAUAUUAUGUUUAGUGAGUAAUUCAUUUGAUCUUUUAUAGAUUUUUCAGUAUUUUUCAGUGUAUAGAAACUGUGGAAGUAAGUGCAGUAGAAUGUCAGUAACUGAGCACUGAACUAAACCAAAUUGUAAGUCACAUUCCUGCUUCAUCUACUGAGUGACAACGCCUGUGUAUCCUCCAGGCAGGAGAUUUGUAUGUGUCUGUGUCAAUAAAACUUUGCUGAGGAAAGAUAA